AUGCACAUCAAGCACUACCUUUCUGCAGCUCUCUACGUGCUGCCUGCGCUCGGCCAAAGCACGGGCUCGAAUAGCUCUCCAGACUCGAGUGCAGACCCCUUCAAGGUCUAUAACAUCACUGCGCAGAACAUCACUGCUUCAUUCAUUCCUUAUGGCGCUCGAUUAGUCUCGUUGCUGGUCCCAGAUAACACCGGCACCAUCCAAGAUGUCGUCGUCGGUUAUGACGACCCUAGAGAGUACCUCCACGAUACGGAGACCAACCACACCUACUUUGGCGCCGUCGUGGGCCGCUAUGCCAAUCGAAUCAAGAAUGGCACAUUCACGAUUGAUGGGACUACCUACCAUAUCCCGGAGAACGAAUACAAUGGCACCGCCACGCUUCACGGCGGAUUCGUGGGCUACGACGCCCGCAAUUGGACGGUGACUGCGUAUUCCAACAACAGCAUUACCUUCACUCUUCUAGACACGGGCUUUGAGAACUUCCCCGGAGAUGUGAUCACGCAUGCUACAUUCACCGUGGACACGGAUGUCACUCCGACAAACCCGAAGGGCCUCCCUCAACUGACCACCAAACUCGUGUCGCUGUCGCUAACGGAGAAGACACCCAUCAUGCUGGCCAAUCACAUUUACUGGAAUCUGAAUGUCUUCAGAGAGCCGACGGUCUUGAACGACACCUUGCAGAUGCCCUUGGCCCAGCGAUACGUGGGUACCGAUGGCAAUCUGAUCCCGAACGGCACCAUCUUCGACGUGGCCAGUUCAGAUCACGGUGUGAUGGACUUUACAACCGGCAAGGCUAUCGGGCGAGACCUGCAAUAUGCUGACGGCGUCUGCGGGUCCGGUUGCACGGGCUAUGACACCUGCUUCAUCCUUGAUCGCAGCCCGUACUUCGCCCCCGACUCUCUCGUCCCCGUUCUCCAUCUUGCCUCUCCCGCGACCGGCAUCACCUUGGACGUGGCGACGAACCAGCGGGCGCUGCAGAUCUACACCUGCAACGGCAUGAACGGGACCAUCCCCGUGAAACCCUCCCAGGUGCAGCGCAACAAGGACGCCGGCAAGGGCGGGGUCGACGUCGUGAACGAGCACGGCUGCAUCGUCAUCGAAACCGAGGGAUGGAUCGAUGCCAUCAACCAGCCCGAAUGGGGUCAGGAUUCCGCUCAGAUCUUCUCGCCGCAGAGUGCGCCGGUCGUGAACCUGGCUACCUAUCAGUUCGGAAACUACAUUGGAUAA